AAUGCUUGACGUCAGUUCGAAAGAUCGUCACGCGAUUUGAUGCCGAUCUAAGUCACUAAUAUCCUGUUAAGUUCUUCGAAGGAAGUGGUGUGGUAACCAUAGUAUUUGCUGUUUCCGUAAACCCCUCAUUGUUUCUUAGAUCGGUUCCGAUAUCGGUUAGAUUCAGGACAACUCUCGCCAUUCAGCACCAGAGUCGAAUAGAAAGAGCUUGGGAACAUUGAGAUUUGGAAGUAAACCCAGUAUCAUUAUUUUAAAUUAGAAGAGAUGGAUCUCGCUAGGUCAACGGGUUCGGACGCUCUCUUUUCAGCGAAGGGACUUGUGAUCGUCAUCACAGGAGGGGGUACUGAGUUUUUGUCAACAUCUAUCCAUACUCGUAGUCUUUCGUACCGCUGUUCCGAUCUUUAUGGACGAGCACACCCGUACCCCUCCUCACCGUUUCCAGGCAUCGGUCUAGCUUUCGCCAAAUCCCUCCUCAACGCCCAAGCCAAGAAAGUCUACAUCCUCGGCCGCCGCCUCAGCGUGCUCCAAGCGUCUGCCGCCUUCAUCGACCCCAGCGCUGCCGUCGUCACCGCCAUCCAAUGCUCCGUGACUGACCAAGCCUCCGUCGCCGCCGCGGCCGCUCAGAUCGAGCGGGAGGUCGGCUUCGUCGACGUGCUCAUCAACAACGCGGGCAUCUCGGGGCCCGAGCAUCGGUCAGCGUACGCCGCGACGGACAUCAAGCAGGUAUCCGAGAUCCUCAGCGGCAGCUGGGAGAAGUGGGAGGGGACGUUCGCGACGAAUACGGCGAGCGUGGUGGGGGUGAGCGCGGCGUUUCUGCCGCUGUUGGAGAAGGGGAACGAGCGGCGGGGAUGGAAGAGUGGGAAGUUGGAGGCGGGUGGGAAAGGGAGGGAGCGGGAUGUGGAGGUGGCGAGACGGAAUGGGUUUGAGGAGGGGGAUUUGAGACUCAGUCAGAUCCUCACGGUGGCGAGCAUCGCGGGGUUGAUGAGGAACGUGGCGCAUGGACUGGCGUAUUGCGCGAGUAAGGCGGGGGCGAUUCAUCUGGGGAAGAUAUUGGCGAGCAUGUUGGCGCCGUGGGGAAUUAGGAGUAAUGUGAUUGCGCCGGGGGUGUUCCCGUCAGAAAUGACAGAAGGCGCGAAGUUGAGGUGGUCGUUCAAUGAAAUUCCGGCUAAUCGUCAGGGCGUGUUUGAGGAAAUGGCCGGCCUCAUACUCCAUUUGGUGGGACAGAGCGGCGGAUAUAAGAACGGCGCGGUAGAAGUUAUUGAUGGAGGCAGGCUCAGUGUCUACCCCGCAUCAUAUUAGACUUAGACUCUGGUAGCAAGAAUUUGGUAAGAUAGAGACUAAAUAAAGGUGCCAGGGGAUAAACCAG